AGCCAGGGCCCGUUCCUGGGGUCGCACGCGGAAUUCCUCCCUGGUGAUUCCCAGUGAAGAACCCAAGAGCUUGGCUGGAUGUGGGAUGUGAUGGCACAGGUGGGCUGAGGGAUCUCGGGAUGGAUGGGGGUGAUGUGUUCCCAGGAAGGAACAGCCCUGCUUUGGAGCUACCCUGAAUCCGGGGUGGGGGGGCUCACUCUGCUUUUCCCCAGGUGAAAUUUGUUUCCAGGCUGCAGGAAGUCUGAAAUGACACAGAGCCCGGGCUGGAAACAGCAUCUCUUACUCCACCCAGGUUUGAGCUUUCUCAGGGCUGAGGCAUUUCAGGCGAUGUUGCACAACCACCGCCAGAACACCCUGACCCCGGCGCUGCCCCAAAGCCGUGCAGGGAUGCUCCCAGAGAAUCAGUGCUCCCUGGGCACCAUGCAGCCAUCCCAGGGAUGCUCAUCCCACAGACUUGAGCCCCUUUUCUUCCCUUUUCAAGCCCCCUGGCCAGGUGUUUCGGAGCAGGGACGGGCCGGGGUUUCCGAGGGCGGGGGGUUGUUGACACCCCGAGCCCGUUCCUGCGGAUGUGCCUCUUGCAGCACCUUCCUGCGGCUGCGGCUGCGCCUCCUGCCCCAGAGCCUGCGGUUGGGGCGGGGGCUUUCCUGUCGUGCCAAUGCCACGAGGCCGGGGCAACACCCAGGGCAAUACCAGGCAGCCCCCCCGAGAGCCCCUCCGAGCAUCUUGGGGUUGGUGCAGGGAGAAGGAGCCCGGCACAAGGGCUGUGCAAAACAUCAAGUCAGGCCCUCACCCUCCUCCACCUGGUGUGCUAAAGCGUUUCCCGGCGCUGAGGUAUCUCAGCGCCCCCUGGCCCCCUCCCUGGCCAUGCCCAACCGUGCCCGCGGGGGUGGCAGCCCUGGCACCAGGUUUGCCGUCACUUCUGCUUUCGGAGCGACGCGAGCCCCGGCGCGCAGCGGCUCCAGGGGCCGCCGGUGGGGCCGAGCCCUCCGAGGAAGCCCCUUUUUGGGGUGCAGCCCACACCCUGCCACCCUCCCCGGAGGUGCCCGCAGCCCCCAGCCCUCGCUGGCCCCGCUCUCGUGACGUCCUUCCCCCACGAAACCGCAGCCGCUUUUCCGCGCUCCCUCCCUUCCCCGCCCGGCCGGAGGUGCAGGCGGAGGGUGGCCCACGACGCCCCGCGGUGCCGGUGCUCGGGCUGCCCUCGCCCCCCCGUGCCAGCCCUCGCCGGUGAGUCCUGCAGCUGGGAUCCCACCGCGUCCAUCGGCACAGGUCCCAUGGCGCUGGGCCGAGCCCUGCUGGUGCUGCUGGUGCUGAGCCCCCUGUGGGCCUGUGGGGCUGAGCUUCUGGAGCCGGGGCUGCCCUGGGGAGGGCAGUGGGUCUGGGGGGAGGCCAAGCCCCUGCACCUUUCCCGUGGGAAGAGGGAUGACCGUGGGCAGGAGCCCAGUGCCACCGCAAUGAUCAACAGUGACGAGAGCAAUGGUGUCUCUGUGCCACCACCAGCACCUGGCACCAAGGCCAGCCUGCUGCAGGUGCCAACCACAGCUGAUCCCAGGGAUGAUUCCCCCAAGCCUGAGCUGCUCCUGAGCUCUGCAGCACCAGUGCCAAGCACCAACACCAGCCUGCUCCGGGUGCUUGCAGUGUCCACCACAGCUGAGCCUAUGGAUGAGACAGAUUCCCCUAAACCCGACCUGUUGGAGGACUCUGUGACAUCAACAGUGACCAGUGCCAGCACCAGCCUGCUCCGAGUGUCUGUAGUGCCCACCACAACUGCUCCCAUGGAUGAGACAGAUCCCCCUGAUCCCGACCUGCUCCUAAGCUCUGCCCCACCACCAGCACCAGGCACGGAGGCCAGACGGGCACUCGUGGAGCCAACCACAGCUGAUACCAUGGAUGAGACUGAUUCCCCUGCUCCCGAUCUGCUGCCAGGCUCAGAACUCGGCACACCAUCAGCAGCCCAAAAGAGCAUCGCCACCACCACCCCCAGCUGGCUCACGGCACCCAUCGAGGAGGGCACAGCGACUGACGACCUGGACAGCAGCUCCUCCACGGGGCCACGCUCAACAGCCCCCCCAGCCCUUGUCCUCACCAGCACGGGCUACAAGAAACCCAAGAAAUCCGGAGCUCCGCCUGCAUCCACCCUCCCGGCCACUUGGGACACGACGCCGGUGAGCACCGCGGUGCCCUGGGAGCCCAGCGGGGUGAUGAGCAAGUGCCUGCUGGCCAUCCUGCUGCUGGGGCUGGUGGCCGCCACCUUCCUGGUGUGCACGGGCGUGCUGGGGACGCUGCUGUGGCGGCGGGCGCGGACGGGAGAGCGGCGGUUCAGCCGCACCGAGAUGGUUUGUAUCUCCUCGCUGCUGCCCGACGCCGAGGCGGCCGCCGGCCCCCGUCCUGUCCCAGCCCCGCGGCACAAGCUGCUGCUGCCCGACGGCAGCUCCGAGCCCGAUGGAGACAACCUGACUCUCAGCAGCUUCCUGCCGGAGCACUCCUGAGCCGCAGGGAUGGCUCCUGCAUCCUGCAGCGCUGCGGGGCCGCGUGCCCGAUCCCUGAUGGAGCCGCGGGCAGGGGACCCCUGUCCCCCGGUGUUUUCGCUUGGACCAGUAAGACGGAGCUGUUCCCCCGAAGCCAGCUCAGCCCUCGAGGCCCAUCCCAUUAAAGAGUUACCCGGA